GUCCUGCCGCGUCACAGUCGAUUUGUUGCCGUUUGAGGAAGUUGCAUUACCCGCUUCCACCGACAACCGACUUUCGCUGCUCGCUUCGUCGUUUUAUUUUCUCAAAUCCACGAAAAAGCAACUGUAUCAAAAUGCGUGAAUGCAUCUCAAUUCAUGUUGGACAAGCUGGAGUCCAGAUUGGUAAUGCAUGUUGGGAACUGUACUGUUUGGAACAUGGCAUCCAACCCGAUGGUCAGAUGCCAUCAGACAAAACUAUUGGAGGCGGAGACGAUAGCUUUAAUACCUUUUUUAGUGAAACCGGAGCAGGGAAACAUGUUCCUCGUGCAGUUUUUAUUGAUUUGGAGCCGACGGUAGUUGAUGAAGUACGUACUGGAACGUAUCGCCAGCUUUUCCACCCAGAACAAUUGAUCACGGGCAAGGAAGACGCAGCAAACAAUUAUGCCCGUGGACAUUACACGAUUGGAAAAGAAAUUGUUGACUUAGUACUUGACAGGAUUCGCAAGCUAGCAGAUCAAUGCACAGGACUUCAAGGUUUCUUAAUAUUCCACUCCUUUGGAGGUGGUACCGGAUCUGGCUUCACUUCCCUCCUCAUGGAAAGACUGUCCGUCGACUAUGGCAAAAAGUCGAAGCUUGAAUUUGCAAUUUAUCCGGCACCACAAGUUUCUACCGCUGUCGUCGAGCCAUACAAUUCCAUUCUUACCACACACACGACUUUAGAACAUUCCGAUUGCGCUUUCAUGGUUGAUAAUGAAGCUAUUUAUGACAUUUGUCGUCGUAAUUUGGAUAUUGAGCGUCCAACUUACACGAAUCUGAAUCGCUUGAUUGGACAAAUUGUGUCAUCCAUAACAGCGUCGCUUCGUUUUGACGGAGCCUUGAACGUGGAUCUUACAGAAUUCCAAACUAACUUGGUACCCUAUCCGCGAAUUCACUUCCCCCUCGUAACAUACGCGCCGGUCAUUUCAGCCGAGAAAGCAUACCACGAGCAACUAUCCGUUGCCGAAAUUACCAAUGCUUGCUUCGAGCCAGCCAACCAGAUGGUCAAGUGCGAUCCACGACGUGGCAAGUAUAUGGCUUGCUGCAUGCUUUAUAGAGGAGACGUUGUUCCCAAAGAUGUUAAUGCAGCUAUUGCUACCAUUAAAACCAAGAGAACCAUUCAGUUUGUGGAUUGGUGUCCUACUGGCUUCAAGGUAGGCAUUAAUUACCAGCCACCAACUGUUGUCCCUGGUGGGGAUCUUGCUAAAGUACAACGUGCAGUCUGCAUGUUAUCAAAUACUACCGCGAUUGCCGAAGCAUGGGCAAGACUCGACCACAAAUUCGACUUAAUGUAUGCCAAGCGAGCCUUUGUUCAUUGGUACGUUGGUGAAGGUAUGGAGGAGGGUGAAUUCUCAGAGGCUCGUGAAGACUUAGCAGCUUUAGAGAAGGAUUACGAAGAAGUAGGCAUGGACUCCACCGAGGGAGAGGGAGAAGGUGCCGAAGAGUAUUAAAGAAAUUAUGAAAUGAUAAACAACAAAAAAUUAUU